UAUAUGUGUCUUUUUUUUGUGCCGGCGCGGCCGCGGGCUGGGAGCUGCGGUGCGGGCGGUGGCGGCGGGGCCGCGAGCGGAGCGGGAGGCGCGCGGCUGCCCCGGACGCACAAGCCUGCAGCGGCGCCCGUCGGAUGCGGAGCCCAGCCGAGCCGCGGGGAGGAUCGCGCAGUAAUUGGAUUUUAAAAGUUAUUUAAGCCCCGGAGUAAAAUACACGGCUCAGCCGGGCGCGGUAAUAAUCCGUUUAGCCGUAACCUAAAUCCCCGCAGCCGGGCGGGGAGCAGCGCCUCCGCCUCGCUGCCGCCGCGGGACCCUGCGCAGAGCCGGCCGGAGCUUCGCCCGCGUCUCCCGUCUCCUCGCCGCGGGAGCAGCUCCGGAAACUUUCGCCGAGGGACGCGACGCCGCGCUGCCAGCGCCGACCCGCCGGGGCGGAGGCAGAAAGUCGCGGCACUCCCGGGAGCCGCCGCCGCGCCCCUGCCCUGCGGAACGGGCCCUGCCGCCGCUCUCUGGGCUCUGAUGCCCCUGGGGCGCUGCGCCGCCCGGCUCUGAAGGACUCUCCGCGACUCCCCAGGCCCCCGGCCGUCUCGGCGAUGCGGGCUGGAGGAGGCUGUAGCGGAGCGGCCGCCGGCGGCUGCCCCUUGCUAGGACUGGCCGCGCUGCUGGCCGCCCUACUGGGGACCCCCGCGGGCGCGGCGGCGCAGCAGUACCACGGCGAGAAGGGCAUCUCCGUGCCGGACCACGGUUUCUGCCAGCCCAUCUCCAUCCCGCUCUGCACGGAUAUCGCCUACAACCAGACCAUCCUGCCCAACCUGCUGGGCCACACCAACCAGGAGGACGCGGGGCUGGAGGUGCACCAGUUCUACCCGCUGGUCAAGGUGCAGUGCUCGGCCGAGCUCAAGUUCUUCCUCUGCUCCAUGUACGCGCCGGUGUGCACCGUGCUGGAGCAGGCCAUCCCGCCCUGCCGCUCCCUCUGCGAGCGGGCCCGCCAGGGCUGCGAGGCCCUCAUGAACAAGUUUGGCUUCCAGUGGCCAGAGCGGCUUCGCUGCGAGAACUUCCCCGUCCACGGCGCGGGCGAGAUCUGCGUGGGGCAGAACACGUCGGACGCCCCGCCGGGGCCUGGCAGCGCGGCAGGCCGGGGGGCCACUGCCCACCCCACGGCUGGCUACCUCCCCGACUUCCUCACUCCACCACAGCCCCCCUCCGGCUUCUCCUUUUCCUGCCCCCGGCAACUCAAAGUGCCGUCUUACUUGGGCUACCGGUUCCUGGGGGAGCGGGACUGCGGGGCGCCCUGUGAGCCAGCCCGGCCCAACGGGCUCAUGUACUUCAAGGAGGCAGAGGUGCGAUUUGCGCGGCUGUGGGUGGGCGUGUGGUCUGUGCUCUGCUGUGCCUCCACCCUCUUCACCGUGCUCACCUACCUGGUGGAUAUGCGCCGUUUCAGCUACCCGGAGCGGCCCAUCAUCUUCCUCUCAGGCUGUUAUUUCAUGGUGGCAGUGGCCUACGCGGCAGGCUUCUUGCUGGAGGAGCGGGUGGUGUGUCUGGAGCGCUUCUCUGAGGAUGGCUACCGCACUGUGGCCCAAGGCACCAAGAAAGAAGGCUGCACCAUCCUCUUCAUGAUCCUCUACUUCUUUGGGAUGGCCAGCUCCAUCUGGUGGGUCAUCCUGUCGCUCACCUGGUUCCUGGCUGCUGGCAUGAAGUGGGGCCACGAGGCCAUCGAGGCCAACUCCCAGUAUUUCCACCUGGCUGCCUGGGCUGUGCCCGCUGUCAAAACCAUCACCAUCUUGGCCAUGGGGCAGGUCGAUGGGGACGUACUCAGUGGGGUGUGUUAUGUAGGCAUCUACAGCGUGGACUCACUGCGAGGCUUUGUGCUGGCACCCUUGUUUGUGUACCUCUUCAUUGGCACUUCCUUCUUGCUUGCUGGCUUUGUGUCCUUGUUUCGCAUCCGUACCAUCAUGAAGCAUGAUGGCACCAAGACGGAGAAACUGGAGAAGCUGAUGGUACGCAUUGGUGUCUUCAGUGUCCUCUACACAGUGCCUGCCACCAUUGUCCUGGCAUGUUACUUCUAUGAGCAGGCCUUCCGUGGCACCUGGGAGAAGACAUGGCUCCUCCAGACCUGCAAAACCUAUGCUGUGCCCUGUCCGAGCCACUUUGCCCCUAUGAGCCCAGAUUUCACAGUCUUCAUGAUCAAGUACCUCAUGACCAUGAUUGUUGGGAUCACGACUGGCUUCUGGAUCUGGUCUGGCAAAACCCUUCAGUCCUGGCGACGCUUCUACCACAGACUCAGCAGUGGCAGCAAAGGCGAGACGGCAGUAUGAGACCCCUCUGUCCCCUCUGGCGCACACACACACACGCAUGCACACACACACAGCAGAGGGAUACUCAGCAGAAGAGGAUGGCAAUGGCUCCCUGAAGAGGGAGGAAGGGAGGCUUUUCCAAACUUUUUCUUCCUCCCAGAGGGUCUGGGGGAAAAAAAAAAAAAGAUAAUCUUUGCAUAAAGGAUCAGAUGGACUGUGUCCGGUGGUGCUUAUGCCCAGCUAAAUGGAAGAACACAGAAAGAGGCCACUGGUGGGAUGGGAGAGUCCUUCACUCACAAGAAUUCCCCUUACUCCUCUCGUGCAGGAAAAAACCUAACCCAGCUAAAGCCAGCCUGCCUUGCUUUGGACCAGCGGGAGGGGAAGCCAGAGCUGUCGAGCUGCCUCUGCCGAGAAGUAGCCGAGCCCUUUCUGAAUUGCUGGGGUCAAACUGCAGCGCAGGCAGGGUAACUCCCGAGCCUGAGCUUACUGCCUGCUCCUUCCAGCUCGGCGGAGCAAUCACUGAGCUCGCUGCAGGUAAAGUCAAUACACAGCCGGCUUCUGGCGAGAGGAGGAAUCCUGUUGGCUCAGAUGGACCCUUGCCUGCCCCUCAGGUUCCCUGAACUGCAUGGCAAUGACUCGUGGUGCAGGAGGGGGCUGGGGCUGGGGUUUUAAAGCAAGCAGUUACUGCAAGUGAGGAGCCUUCUCAUUUCAGCUAAAAUACAGCUUGUUAAGUUUCCAGUGAUCACAUCUUGGAAGGAAAGACAUUCAAAAAUUAAUCGUCAAAUGCAUUGGUUUUCUUUUUGAAAUGUGACAGAUUUUUCUCUUCUGAAAUUUUUAUGUUGACUUGUUCAUAUUUUAUUUUUUGUGUACUACUUUACCUUUAUAUUCACUGAAGGGUUGUUUUUAUAAGUAUAUGUGUGUGUGUAUAUUCUUGCCUAAGGACAAAACAGGAAAUUCUGGGGUUUUAGCAAGCCUCCACCCUAUAGCUGCUCUUCGUUUUUGGGGGGGAAGAAAGUCUGGAAUGAAACUUAAAGAAAAAACCUGUUCAGGGUGAGGGGGCAGACUGCUGCUGUCUGAGGGCAUACCAGUAGUCUGGGCAUGAGAAAUGGGCCCAUCAGCCAAAUCCUUCAGUAGAUAUGAUUUCAGACUUGCAGGGCUUGGGUUUUUGUCUUUUAUAAUGGGCAUGUGGAAGAAAAAAACCAAACGCGUAGGACAAGACAAGUGCAGUAUGUAUAUUUUGUAAAUCUCAUUUUUUUGUAAGAAAAUGUAUUUAUGUUUUUACUUGAUUUUUUUUGAAGGUCUGUAUGAGGCCCUGCUUCAUCCCAUGUACAGAUCACUAAAUAAAUAAUUUUUAAUACAA